UUAAAAUUCCGUAUAUAUAUAUAUGGUUUAUCUAUAUUUAUGUUGCUUGUUUAAGCCAUUAAUUGAGUUCUGCAGCUGCAAUUCAAGGUCUGAAAACUAGAUUAUCUCUUGGACAAGGAAAUAUGGUGGAGGAUGGCCUGGAAGGCGAUACAGCUAUAAAUAAGGCCACCACUUCGGAGGGCAAUGCCGAAGCAGAGGAAAAUCCGGCCGGCAUAAAUGGGACCCAGCUGGAAGAUUCUCAGAGAAGCAAAGGAGAUGAUCAUCAAGAAAAAAAGACAGUUCCUUUUUUCAAGCUUUUCUCGUUUGCAGAUUCCACUGAUAUUGCAUUGAUGAUUGUUGGCACAAUUGGAGCCAUUGCAAAUGGGUUAGGCAUGCCGCUUACGACAUUACUGUUUGGAAAACUGACCAAUGGUUUUGGCAAUAACCAAAAUAAUGUCCAAGAACUCGUUGAUGUAGUUUCCAAGAUUGCUCUAGAAUUUGUCUACUUGGCUCUGGGUAUUGGCUUUGCAGCAUACCUUCAGGUGAUGUGCUGGACGGUCACGGGGGAAAGACAGGUUUCAAGAAUAAGGGGUUUGUAUCUGAAAGCUAUAUUGAGACAAGAUGUUACUUUCUUUGACAAGGAAACUAACACUGGAGAGAUUGUUGGGAGAAUGUCUGGGGAUACUGUUUCCAUACAGGAUGCCAUGGGUGAGAAGGCUGGGAAAUUUCUACAGCUGAUAUCAACUUUCAUUGGGGGCUUCAUAAUAUCAUUUACAAGGGGGUGGCUUCUCACCAUUAUUCUGUGCUCUAUUAUUCCUCUUCUUGCGAUAGCUGCGGGCGCUGUGGCCAUUGCUGUAUCCAAAACGGCAUCCCAAGGACAACAAGCUUCUUCAGAGGCAGCAAAUGUUGUUGAACAAACAAUUGGCGCAAUCAGAACCGUUGCAUCCUUUACAGGAGAGAAGCAAGCCAUAUCAAGUUUCGGUAGAUGUCUUGUACAUUCUUACAAAGCUGGGGUUCGUGAAGGAUAUACAGCAGGAGCAGGUUUUGGGAUAAUGAUGUUGGUUGUGUUUUGUAGCUAUGCGUUGGCUGUUUUUAUUGGUGCAAAGCUGAUAAUUGAUAAAGGGUACAAAGGGGGUGAUGUGAUGAACGUGGUUACUGCUGUCUUAACAGCUUCCAUGUCCCUAGGCCAGAUAUCUCCCCCCUUGAGUGCAUUUUCUGUCGGCCGAGCUGCAGCCUUCAAGAUGUUUGAGACAAUCGAGAGGAAGCCGGAGAUAAGUUCUUAUGACACAAGCGGAAAAGUAUUGGAUGAUCUUCGUGGAGAUAUUGAAUUGAGGGAUGUUUAUUUCAACUAUCCAAGCCGACCUCAUGAGAAAAUAUUCAAUGGAUUUUCUCUUUACGUCCCCUGUGGCUCGACUGCAGCUUUAGUUGGAGAAAGUGGAAGUGGGAAGUCAACAGUGAUCAGUCUGGUAGAGAGAUUCUACGAUCCACAAGCUGGUGAAGUUUGUAUAGAUGGCAUUAACCUCAAAGAGUUUCAGCUCAAGUGGAUUAGGGGGAAAAUUGGUCUUGUUAGCCAGGAACCUGUGUUGUUUGCCUCCAGCAUUAAGGACAACAUUGCAUAUGGAAAAGAUGGUGCAAGUAUUGAAGAGAUAAGAUCUGCAACUGAACUUGCAAAUGCUGCUAAAUUUAUUGAUAAAUUGCCACAGGGACUAGACACCACUGUUGGUAACCACGGAACACAGAUGUCUGGUGGACAGAAGCAGAGGAUUGCCAUUGCAAGAGCAAUUUUGAAAGACCCACGAAUUCUACUUCUGGACGAAGCUACAAGUGCACUUGAUGCAGAAUCAGAGAAAAUAGUGCAAGAAGCAUUGGAUAGGAUCAUGGUUAAUCGAACAACUGUCAUUGUCGCUCAUCGUUUGAGCACAGUGAGGAAUGCUGAUAUGAUUGCAGUCAUUCACCGAGGAAAGAUGAUUGAAAAAGGCUCGCACUCAGAACUACUAAAGGAUCGAGAUGGAGCCUACUCUCAGCUUAUACGCUUGCAAGAAGGAAAACAGAAGUCAAAGCAUACAUCAGAUGAUCAAAACAGGCUUGAAAUUACUGCAGAAUCUUUUAGGAAUUCAAGUUUUCGGCAGAAGAGUCAAAGAGCAUCAAUCCUACGAUCCAUAAGUCGGGGAUCAUCUGGAGUGGGAAAUAGCAGCCAUCACUCGUUCUCAUCUGCAUUUGGAGUGCCUGUAGGACUUGAUGUAAUUGAUACUGCAGCAUUAGAACGAGAUAAUGGUUUCAUAGCACGAAAGCAAUUUCAGGAGGUUCCGAUUCGCCGCCUUGCCUAUCUCAAUAAGCCAGAGUUUCCGAUCCUUCUGAUUGGAACUGUAGCUGCAACCAUCAAUGGAGUACUACUCCCAAUAUUUGGUUUGCUAAUGUCCAAAGUAAUCAAAACAUUCUUCGAACCACCUCACGAACUAAGAAAGGAUUCGAAGUUUUGGGCAAUAAUAUUUAUAGUCCUUGGCCUGGUAGCAUUCCUGGCACAUCCAGCACGAGGAUACUUUUUUGCUGUGGCUGGAUCCAAGUUAAUUCAACGUAUCAGAUCAAUGUGUUUUGAAAAGGUUGUUCACAUGGAGGUUGGUUGGUUCGAUGAGCCUGAGAACUCAAGCGGUUGCAUUGGUGCGAAGCUCUCAGCAGAUGCAGCAACAGUGCGUGCUCUAGUAGGCGAUACACUGUCUCAAAUUGUUGAAAGUCUUGCAUCACUGGUAGCAGGUUUAGUGAUCGCUUUUACUGCUAGUUGGGAGUUGGCAUUAAUUAUCCUUGCAUUGGUUCCUUUGCUUGGAGUUAAUGGAUACAUCCAGAAAAGGUCCAUGAAAGAAUUCUGUGCAAAUGCAAAGGCAAUGUAUGAGGAUGCAAGCCAAAUAGCCAAUGAUGCGGUUGGUAGUAUAAGAACUGUUGCUUCUUUCUGUGCUGAAGAGAAGGUGGUGCAACUAUAUGAACAAAAAUGUGAAGGCCCUAAGAAAUCAGGCAUAAAGGAGGGCUUGAUCAGUGGAAUAGGAUUUGGGAUUGCUAACUUCAUUAUGUGUAGCGUCUAUGCCACGAGUUUCUAUGCAGGGGCCCAAUUAGUUAAGCAUGGCAAAACAAAAUUCUCGGCUGUUUUCCAGGUUUUCUUUGCUUUGACCAUGGCAGCCACCGCAGUUAAUCAAGCAAGCUCUCUUGUAUCUGAUACUGAGAAAGGCAAGAAUACAGCUGCUUCCAUAUUUUCUAUAUUAGAUAGGAAGUCAAAGAUUGACCCAAGUGAUGGAUCUGGGAUGACACCAGAUAAUGUCAAGGGAAAUAUCGAGCUUCAUCAUGUAAGCUUUAGGUAUCCAUCUAGGCCGGAUAUUCAGAUUUUCAGAGACCUCAACUUGUCUAUUCGUGCAGGCAAGACAGCUGCCUUGGUUGGAGAAAGUGGGAGUGGGAAAUCUACAGUAAUAGCAUUAUUGGAAAGAUUUUAUGAUCCUGAUUCAGGUUAUAUUACACUCGAUGGAAUUGAAAUCAAAAGGCUGCAAUUGAAGUGGUUGAGGCAACAGAUGGGCCUUGUGGGGCAAGAACCAAUUUUGCUUAAUGACACAAUCCGUGCCAACAUUGCAUAUGGAAAGGGAGGGGAUGCAACUGAGGCAGAGAUUGUAGCUGCAGCAGAGAUGGCCAAUGCACACAGGUUCAUUAGUGGAUUACAACAGGGCUAUGAUACUGCAGUAGGAGAACGAGGACUGCAAUUGUCCGGAGGGCAGAAGCAGCGCAUAGCCAUUGCACGAGCUAUAAUCAAGAGUCCAAUGAUAUUACUGCUAGAUGAGGCUACCAGUGCACUGGAUGCUGAGUCUGAGAGAGUGGUUCAAGAUGCAUUAGAAAAAGUCAUGGUUAACAGAACUACAAUUGUGGUGGCUCAUCGAUUGUCAACAAUCAAGAAUGCAGAUGUAAUUGCUGUGGUUAAGAAUGGAAUUAUUGUGGAGAAAGGAAAGCACGAGACUUUGAUUAAAAACCAGGAUGGGUUUUAUGCCUCCUUAGUUGCACUUCAUACAAGUGCUUCAACUUCUUGAGAUUUUUUAAUCUUUUUCCCGUUUUAAAAAAUUGUUGGAGGUGGUACUUCUCCCUAUCUCUUCCAACUAGAACAGACAAUAAAAUGUUAUUUUUAUGUUUAUAAUAUUUUGUUAAUUUCCUAA